AUGGCAGACACAGACAAGAUCAGGCUGCACCACAUCGCACACGUCUACUACAAGUACAGCACGGCCGAGGUCGACGCCGCCCGCUUCUUCAUGGACGACUUCGGCUUCUUCGAGACCGCCCGCGCCGGCCCGAGGACUUACUACCGCGGCUACGGGCCCGAGCCCUUUGUGCUGUGCGUCGAGGCCUCCACAAAGACCGAGUUCGCCGGCGCCGCCUUCGCCGUCGAGACCCUCGAGGAGCUGGAGAGGGCCGCCAAGGUCCUGCCGCCCGAGGCGAGGCCCACCGACGUCUACGAGCUGACCGAUGCCCCCGGCGGCGGCAAGUGCGUCACCUUCUACGACCCCGUCGAUGGCUUCCCCAUGCACCUCGUCCACGGCCAGGAGAAGGUCGCGGAGCUGGACCCCAAGUUCCCGGAUCUGAAGCUCAACUUUCCCGAGAAGCAGAACCGCGAGACCAACCAGUUCCAGCGCUUCGAGAAGCGCCCGACACCCGUGCACAAGCUGGGCCACUAUGGCAUGUGUGUGACCAACUUUAAGAAGUGCUACGAGUUCUACUCAAAAUACUUCAACUUCUACCCAAGCGAGCUCGUCUACGACGACAACAACGAGGACAACGCCGUCUUCUUCCGCCUGGACCGCGGCGACGAGAAGGUCGACCACCACUGCUUCUUCUUCUUCGAGGGGCCCAGGUGCCACGUGCACCACUCGUCGUUCGAGACGCACGACUUUGACGCCCAGGUCCUGGGCCACGACUGGCUGCGCCACAAGGGCUACGAGAACUGCUGGGGCGUCGGGCGCCACAUCAUGGGCAGCCAGAUCUUCGACUACUGGUUCGACCCCAGCCGCUUCAUCCUCGAGCACUACGUCGACGGGGACCUGCUGGACCGCAGGUACCCCACGCAGCGGACCAAGGCGAGCCCUGAUGGGUUGCAUGUCUGGGGGCCUGACUUGCCUCCUACUUUCUUGUCGUGA